AUGGCUACCGCCAGUCACAUCGAAUUGGAUCCGGCAUCUGCUGGCGUAUAUCAUGCACCAGAUAUCACGACCCAGUCGGGCAAAGUUGCAAGUCAACUGCUCCAAGACAACCAUGAUAAGUUUCAUAUGUAUUUCAACCCAAGUGGCUUUCACAACCAUAUUGCCCAUCAUUUAUUGACGCUGUAUUCGUUGGGUGCCACUCCUGAUGAAUUAAAGCGAGCCUUUGAUCAUAAUAAAGGAUAUCAGAGACCUCUUCCCAAGGUUCAAGAUCGAGUGGUCGAGGAUAUGACCGAUCGGGAGAAGUUCAAACAAUAUCUCGGAAAGGAGCGGUAUUUCCAUGACUAUGAGACUUAUUUCCGCAAGGAAAUCGACCACAAAGGGUGGGAGGCUGUUUUGAAUGAGCAUUUGUUUGCUGGAGACGAGCAUGCUGAAGCACUGCUUACGCGCAUGUAUGCUGGGUUUCUUCAUCCCAUCAUUCACCUAGGGUUUGGAAUUGAGUUCAAACAGCCUGCGAUCAUCGUUGAGGCACUUGCUCAGGCGGCCACCCAUGAUGGCUGGAUGGGUCAAUUCCUGAUUGGGGCUGAGGAGAAGGCCAAAAGUGGCACCGAGUCAAAGAGUUUGGUUCAAUUGAUCCACGAAGCACGGCAGAAUGACAAACUUCGAUCAUCACCCCACUGGGAAGAUGGGAAUAAAGUCCGAGACGGUGUACUCCAACGUGCACCGGAAGAGAUGUUCGAUCUCGCUGCUCAAUGGAAAGUGAAACCUGACGAACUCGAGCAGAAAACAGCUGAGAUGAUCGGGGCGUCAAUCUAUUUCACUGGAGCGGCUCAACGCCCAACCAAGAAGAUCAAGUUUGAUUUCUACUUCAUGCAUUGCGUGAACAGUUCGAUCUUCUUCUCAACCUUGGUCAAGGAACCCUGGCUCAGCAAGGAAAACAAGUGUCGAAUAUUGGAAUGGAAAGGGCGGACUGAUCUUGCCUUGUAUGUCUCCCGUGCAUGUCCUGAACCGCUGCUCGAUGAGAUCAAAAAUUAUCAACCAAAACAGAAAGAUAGUGGUUGGGCAGGCAUUACCCGGAGAGUCGAUCAACUCCCUGACGACGGGCAUGCAAGCAAGUUGGUUCGAGCCAUAGCUCACGGCCAGCAGGCAUGUAAACCCUACGAAAACUUACCGGAUGAUGUGUUCCCUCUCAAGGGAGAUAUGUGGGAAUUGUUGGGACAUAUGGCUAUCGACUCGGUUGAAAAUAACCAAGAGGAUAACUGGGUUCGAAGUGCUGGGUUCGAUCAGGCUUGGGACGAUGUGCCUGAAAGAGCGAAAUUAUGA